AUGUCCGCCGCACAAGGAUCCCUGGCAUGGCAAGCAACAGCGAAGACCUUCUAUGAAGGACACCAGGCCACCCAGCACGCCAAUAGUGACGAUCCUCAGCUCCAGCACAACGAAGUGUGGGGUGUUUUACACCCCUUCAGCGCCUCGGUGGAGCCCAUAGAACUCUCCAAAAAAGUCUUUGCCAUUGGCCGAAGCGAAGAGAAUGACUUCGUUCUUCGUGGCAAUAAAAUUAGCGGCAAACAUUGUACUAUCCAGUGGAACGGUCAAGACGACAACACCUCAUUUGUUAUGAUAACGGACACCUCCACAAAUGGAACUUGGAUCGAUGGAGAUAGAAUCUACAAGGAUCAGUUCUUACUGCUAAAGGAAGGGAGCGAAGUUGUUUUCGGGCGACAUCCUACUUUACCCGAAGUACCUGAACUUAACUACCGUUAUAUCUACCGUCAUACGGCCAUUCCUGCUCCUCCGGGAAGCCUCCGUACAUCAUAUGACAUCGGCUACGAAAUCGGCAGGGGAAGCUUCUCUACCGUUUGGUCGGGUAUUUCUCGCUCGACGGGAAAGUGGUACGCGAUCAAAUUCAUCGACACCCCCAAGGAGGUGGUCGAUGCAUGCGCCGAAGACUCAGAAUCAAGGGAUGAAUCGAGGGCCAAGGUAGUGAAUUAUGUGAGAGAGGUUGGAAUCCUCGAGAAGCUUCGCCAUAAGAAUAUCUGUCAGCUCGAGGAAGUGUUUUAUUCAGAGUGGAAAAUCUUCCUUGAGUACGUGGACGGGGGAGAUCUAUGGGAUUACAUUCAUGACCGCGUCUGCGUCGAUGAGGCCACGACGGGCGGCAUCAUGUUUCAGGCGGUCGACGCCCUUGCGAUGUGCAUUUUUCACCGUGACCUUAAGCCUGAUAAUAUACUUUUAACAUCCCAUGAACCCCCCGUUGUCAAAAUCGCCGACUUUGGCCUCUCAAAAGUUGUAGAUAAUACGACAUUCCUCAAGACAAUGUGCGGUACAGCCUCUUACAUCGCUCCGGAAGUUUUGACACAGGAGAAACAGGAGGGCUAUGAUCAUCUCGUCGACUCUUGGAGUAUUGGAGUGACUGUCUACACGAUGUUGACGGGAAAUUCACCUUUUGUUGAAGACUCGUCAAUCGAGGAUCUGAAGUCUCGUAUCAUAGCGCGUACUAUUUACUGGGAAAAUCUUGAGGAAAUGGAGAUCAGCAAGGACGCCGACGAUUUUAUCCGGAGUUUACUUCAAAAACUACCUAUCCAUCGCCUUUCGCUCUCCAACGCAAGAUAUCACAAGUGGCUCGUCAGCUUCGAGCAUUCACAACCAGAACAUGAAACACCCAGGGAUCCAACGGCUCGAAGCGCUCUUUCAGAGACGGCAUCAGAUCUUCAGCAUGAACUGAGCGUAGAGAAACUUUUGGCGGGUUUGGAUGGUUAG